AUGGCCGCGCAAGUAGCAGCGGCUCCGAUGAGUGCGAGCAAGAGCAAGGUCAAAACCCAGAGUUUGACGGGUAACUUAAACCAGGAUCUUAACUCUGGGGUUCCCGCGGCUGGCACCGUCGGAGCUGCUGGAUCUGGCUCCCUCCUGGGGGUCGUAGAUGGGACGAGCAGCAGAUUGAAUAAUGUAGAUUACCAUCUUCUCCACCAAGAUAAUGAAGUGAACAUGGCCAGUAAUGCAACUUCUGCCGCCGCCGCCGCCGCGGCUCCUAACAACGCGACCAGCAGCGGCCGCAGCUCUUCCUCGGAACUGGUUCUGAAAGACCCUGGAAGCGCGUCGGGCUUAUCUUCCUCUUCUUUUCCUAUGGCGACAGGGCUGCUUCCCAAUCAUAAGUUGCAAAGCGUUGGAGGCGAUCCCUCUACCGCCGCACCUUCACACCACCCCCGUGCCCAGCACCAGCACCCAGCUCACCUCCGUGCCCAGCACCCCCACGUUCGCCACUACCACCACCACCACCACCACCAUGCACUUCAACACCAACAGCUAAAUCAAUUCCAGCCACAGCCGCCGCCUCAGCACCAUCCGAUGCAGAAUAACAACAACGGCGGCGGCGGCGGCGGCAGCAGCAGCAACAACAACGGCGGCGGCGCUGCUCAGCCCAGCAGCGCAGACAUGGAACAGCAGCAGCAGCAGCAGCAGCAGCAACAUGGAGGAAAAGACCGUGGCUUGGGGGGACAGGCCGAGCCCCAGAACCAGCCGCAGUCCCAGCCCCUGCUGAAUCAAGGCGGGGACGAGGAAGAGGCGACGCCGCCGCCGGACAAAAUGGGCGAGCAGCACCUCAACAGUCGCUACGACCACCCUAGUUUGGGACCUUUGGGCGGGCAGCAGCCGCCGCCGCCGCCGCCUCCACCGCUACCACCACCGCCACCACCUCAGGGAGCGGGCGGCGGCGGCACUGGAGGAGGAGACGGCCGCGGCGGCGGCCCCUCAGCGGUGGGUGUCUCGGAGUUUAAUAGCUAUUACGGCAACGCUGGCAGCGGCAGCAGCGGCGGCGCCUCCUCAGCGAGCCGGGCCGGGCCUUGCUUUGAUCAACAUGGCGGACAACAAAGCCCCGGGAUGGGGCUAAUGCACCCCGCGGCGGCCCCCAACAUCAUGGACCCCCUGCCCAACUCGCACGAAGGCUACGCCAACAGCCAGUACAACCACUACUCGGGCGCUUACGGCCGGCCUGGCGGCGGCACUAACGCAACAGCAGGAGCCGUGGCGGCGGCGGCGGCUGCAGGAGGAGGAGGAGGAGGCGGCGGCGGCGGCGUCUAUGGGGGCUCGUCCUCUGCUUUCGGGGUGCUGAGUUCCCCCAGGCAGCACCAGCAGGGCAUGAUGCUGGGCCCUGGCGGCGGCGGGAGCCUGGGGAAGGUAUCUGGGGCUGCGGGCUUCCAAAGAUUCUCCGGGCAAAACCAACACCCGUCUGGAGCCACCCCAACCUUGAACCAGCUGCUGACUUCCCCCAGCCCCAUGAUGAGGAGCUAUGGCACAGGCUACCCCGAAUAUAGUAGUCCCAGCGUUGCCCCAUCGCAGCAGCCGGCUCAGGGAGCAGCCGCCGCAGCCGCCCCAGGAAGUCAGCAGGCAGUCAUGGGCAAGGAUAUGGGCUCCCAGUAUGGAGCUGCAAACCCAGUCUGGGCAGCUGCACAACAAAGAAAUCACCCUGCUAUGAGCCCUGGAAGCACUGGACAGACCCUCAGCAGGAGCCAGGGCAACCCAAUGGAUCCAAUGGUAAUGAAAAGACCUCAGUUGUUUGCAGUUGGCAACAACCCCCAUGCCCAGUCCCAGCCCGGCAGUCCAUUUCCAGGGCAGUCAUAUGGACCACCAGGACCCCAGCGUUUCCCAAUGGGAAUGCAGAGCCGAACUCCUGCUUCCAUGGGAGGAAUGCAAUAUCCACAGCAACAGAUGCCAUCUCAGUAUGGUCCACAAGGUGUAACUGGUUACUGCCAACAGCCAUAUUACAACCAGCAACCACAACCUCAGCAUCUGCCUCCUCAGGCCCAGUACCUCUCCCAGGCCCAGCAAAGGUACCAGACGCAGCAGGAAAUGUCUCAGGAAGGCUAUGGAACCAGGUCUCAACCCCCUGUCACCCAGAACAAACCUAACCAUGAAGAACUGACCCUAAUCCAACAAGAGAGGCCUUCAAGUUUACCAGUUGAAGUCUUAGCCUCGGAGGAUGCUUCAUUUGGACUCAAGGAUUUAUCAGGCUCCAUUGAUGACCUGCCUACUGGAACUGAAGCAACAUUGAGUUCAGCUGUUAGCGCAUCAGGUUCUACUAGCAGUCAAGGGGAGCAGAGCAACCCAGCACAGUCACCUUUCUCCCCUCAUGCCUCUCCACAUCUGUCCAGCAUCCCUGGGGGCCCAUCCCCUUCCCCUGUGGGCUCUCCAGCCGGAAGCAAUCAGUCAAGGUCUGGUCCCAUUUCUCCUGCAAGUAUUCCAGGUAGCCAGAUGCCAUCACAGACUCCUGGUACCCAAUCAGAAUCUAGCUCCCAUCCUGCCUUGAGCCAAUCUCCAAUGCCACAGGAUCGAGGUUUUAUGACAGGCAUUCAAAGAAACCCUCAGUUGUCACAAUAUGCAUCUCAGCAGACUGGACCUUCUAUGUCACCCCAUCCUUCACCUGGAGGUCAAAUGCAUUCUGGAAUCGGGAGCUUUCCACAAAGUAAUUCAAGUGGUACUUAUGGAACUCAGAUGAGCCAGUAUGGACCACAAGGGAACUACUCCAGACAGCCAACAUACUCUGGAGUGACCAACGCAAGUUACAGUGGCCCAGGACCUGGUUUGGGUAUAAACAUCAGCAACCAAAUGCACGGACAGGGUCCAGGCCAGCCUUGUGGUACCAUUCCCUUGGGACGAAUGCCAUCAACUGGGAUGCAAAGCAGACCGUUUCCUGGAAAUAUGAGCAGUAUGACUCCCAGUUCUCCAGGCAUGACUCAGCAAGGAGGCCCCGGGAUGGGACCACCCAUGCCAACUGUGAAUCGUAAGGCCCAGGAGGCAGCUGCAGCAGUGAUGCAAGCUGCUGCCAACUCCGCCCAGAGCAGGCCACCAUACAUUCGGUCGCCUGCUUAUCCCAGCCAGUCUGGGGCUGGCGGACGCCCCAUGUUUUCUUCACAGCAUCCCAACUAUGGCAACGCUCAGUCUCCCAUGAUGCAUCAGCCUGACCAGUACGGGCAAGGCAGUUUUCCUGUCAUCAAUCAGAGUGGCAUUAUGGGAUCCAGUUCUCCUUACACCCAACCAAUGAACAGCAACUCAAGCCUGAUGAACCCUCAAGUACCUCCUUACAGCCUGGCACCUAACAUGGUGAACAGUUCCACAGCACCUAUGGGUCUUGCAGACUUGAUGACUCAAGGCGAGUCCAAAUUGCCUGUUCCUCUCAAACCAGAUGGAAAAGAAGAAGGACCUUCCCAGACUGAGAGCAAAAAGGAUAGCUACAGCUCUCAGGGUAUUUCUCAGCCCCCAACCCCAGGCAACCUGCCAGUCCCUUCCCCAAUGUCCCCAAGUUCUGCUAGCAUCUCCUCAUUUCAUGGAGAUGAAAGUGAUAGCAUUGGCAGCCCAGGCUGGCCAAAGACUCCAUCAAGCCCUAAAUCAAGUUCCUCCAACACAACUGGGGAGAAGAUCACCAAAAUGUAUGAGCUGGGAACUGAGCCAGAGCGGAAAGUUUGGGUGGAUCGCUAUCUCACCUUCAUGGAAGAAAGGGGAACACCUGUAGCUGGUCUCCCUGCUGUUGGCAAGAAACCGCUGGAUCUUUUUAGACUCUAUGUUUGUGUAAAGGAGAUUGGAGGCUUAGCCCAGGUUAAUAAAAAUAAGAAGUGGCGUGAGCUGUCUACCAACCUAAACGUUGGCACUUCGAGCAGUGCAGCCAGCUCCUUGAAAAAACAAUAUAUUCAAUACCUCUUUGCCUUUGAAUGCAAGAUUGAACGAGGGGAGGAACCCCCUCCAGAAGUCUUCAGCACCGGAGAUACUAAGAAACAAGCUAAGAUUCAGCCGCCAUCUCCUGCUAACUCGGGUUCUCUUCAGGGUCCACAGACCCCCCAGUCUACGGGGAGCAAUUCCAUGACAGAAGUGCCAAGUGACCUCAAGCCUCCAACACCAGCGUCCACGCCUCACGGACAGAUGACACCUACACAGAGCAGCAGAAAUAGUUCAGUCAGUGUACAUGAUCCCUUUUCGGAUAUAAGUGAUUCCACAUACCCAAAACGGAACUCCAUGACUCCAAAUGCACCCUAUCAGCAAUCAAUGAAUAUGCCAGAUAUGAUGGGAAGGAUGCCCUUUGAGCCAAACAAGGAUCCUUUUGGUGGGAUGAGAAAAGUGCCUGGAAAUAGUGAAACCUUCAUGGCCCCUGGACAAAUGCCCAACAGUGGCAUGCAGGAUAUAUACAGCCAGAGUCCCGCUGGAACCAUGUCCAACAUGGGCAUAGGCCAACGCCAACAGUUUCCCUAUGGAAGUGGUUAUGAUCGGAGGUCGGAUCAUGGGCUGGGUCCUGAAGGCAGUAUGGGAGCACCUGGUCAAAGCAACAUGGUGCCUUCAAACAGUGACCCAAGCAUGUACUCUCCUAACUGUUAUCCUGGGCAACAAAGGCAUGAACCAUAUGGACCGCAGUAUCCAAUGCAAGCUCCUCCUUCUGGACAGCCCCCCUAUGGAGGACACCAAUCAGGAAUGUUUCCACAGCAGCAGAACUACAAACGCCAUAUGGAUGGUAUAUAUGGACCUCCAGCAAAACGUCAUGAUGGAGAUAUGUUUAACAUGCAAUACAGCAACCAACAGCAGGAGUUGUUUAACCAGUACAGCAGUGCUUACUCUGGACCAGAUAGGAGACCCAUCCAGGGACAAUAUCCAUAUCCUUAUAACAGAGAGAGGAUCCAAGGUCCUGGACAAAUGCAACAACAUGGAAUACCUCCACAGAUGAUUGCUGGCCCUAUGCAGUCAUCAGCUUCCAGUGAAAGCCCUCAACAAAAUAUAUGGCCCACAAGAAAUGAUAUGUCUUAUCCAUAUCAGAACAGGCAAGGCCCUGGGGUCCCUGCACAGGCCCCACCUUAUCCAGGGAUGAAUCGUACUGAUGAUAUAAUGGUACCUGACCAGAGAAUAAACCAUGAAAGCCAGUGGCCUUCUCAUGUCAACCAGCGACAGCCUUCUUACAUGUCAUCCUCUGCUUCCAUGCAGCCUAUUACUCGACCUCCUCAGUCAUCCUAUCAGACGCCACCAUCAAUGCCAAACCACAUAUCUCGAGCUCCUAGCCCUGCAUCUUUCCCACGUUCUCAUGAAAAUCGUAUGUCUCCCAGUAAAUCUCCUUUCCUAUCCUCUAUGAAGAUGCCUAAAGUUAUGCCCACUCUUCCAGUCUCGCAGGUCACAGGUCCUCCAACACAGCCACCACCAUCUCUUAGGCGGGAAGUCACUUUUCCUCCAGGUUCGGUAGAAGCAUCCCAGCCAGUUUUAAAACCAAGGCGAAAGAUUACCUCAAAAGAUAUUGUGAGUCCAGAAGCCUGGCGAGUGAUGAUGUCUCUUAAAUCAGGACUUCUUGCAGAAAGUACUUGGGCAUUAGACACUAUUAACAUUCUUCUGUACGAUGACAGUACAGUGGCUACUUUCAAUCUCUCGCAGUUAUCUGGUUUUCUUGAGCUGUUGGUGGAAUAUUUUAGAAAAUGCCUGAUUGAUAUUUUUGGGAUCCUUAUGGAAUAUGAAGUGGGACAUCCAGGAUCAAAACUGCAAGAUCAUAAUUCAUCUCUGAAUGAGGAUGGGCAGUCUGCAACAGAGGAUGUCAGGAAAGAGGAAGAAAACGAUGAAUGUAUUGAUUACUUUUAUGAUUUGGAAGAUGAGGAGGAAGAAGAGGAAGAAGAAGAAAAUGAGAAUACAGAAGAAGGAAAGAGCACUCUUGUUCCUCCACCUGGUGCCAUUCUUGAUCCAAGUGAGAGGCCAAAACAAGCCAGUAAGUUUGACAAGUUGCCAAUAAAAAUUGUAAAGAAAAACAACUUAUUUGUUGUUGACCGAUCUGAUAGGCUGGGGCAUGUUCAGGAAUUCAACAGUGGGCUUCUUCAUUGGCAACUUGGCGGGGGUGAUACAACCGAACACAUUCAGACCCACUUUGAGAGUAAGAUGGAGAUUCCUCCUUGCAGGCGGCCAUCUCUAUCAGUCUCCUCAGGUAAAAAGAAGAAUGUAGAGGGCAAAGGAGAAUCUGAGGAACAACAAGACAAAAGCAUAUCAGCCACUAUUGAUGAUGUCUUGUCAGCUCGUCCGGGAGCAUUGUCUGAAGACCCCGACUCUAACUCUCAGUCAGAUAGUAGUAAAUUUCCAUUUGGGAUCCAUCAAGUGAAAAGUCAUCGAAAUAUCAAACUGCUGGAAGAUGAGCCACGAAGUCGAGAUGAAACUCCUCUAUGCACCAUUAUACACUGGCAAGAUUCUUUGGCCAAACGUUGCAUCUGUGUGUCAAAUAUUGUUCGCAGCUUAUCUUUUGUGCCUGGCAAUGAUGUGGAAAUGUCCAAACAUCCAGGCUUGGUGUUAAUCUUGGGAAAGUUGAUUCUUCUCCAUCAUGAGCACCCAGAAAGAAAGCGUACACCACAGACGUAUGAAAAAGAGGAAGAAGUGGACAAAGGGGUGGCCUGCAGCAAGGAUGAAUGGUGGUGGGACUGCCUUGAGGUUUUGAGGGAUAAUACAUUGGUCACACUAGCCAACAUUUCUGGGCAGCUAGACUUAUCUGCUUAUACAGAAAGCAUCUGUUUGCCAAUUUUGGAUGGCUUACUGCACUGGAUGGUGUGCCCCUCAGCAGAGGCACAAGAUCCUUUUCCAACUGUGGGGCCCAACUCAAUCCUUUCGCCUCAGAGACUUGUACUGGAAACCCUGUGUAAACUCAGUAUCCAAGACAAUAAUGUGGACCUUAUAUUGGCCACGCCCCCAUUCAGUCGUCAGGAGAAACUAUAUGCUACUUUGGUUAGGUACGUUGGGGACCGCAAAAAUCCUGUCUGCCGAGAAAUGUCAAUGGCGCUCUUAUCAAACCUCGCCCGAGGGGACACAUUAGCAGCAAGGGCAAUAGCUGUGCAGAAGGGAAGCAUUGGAAACUUGAUAAGCUUCCUGGAGGACGGGGUCACCAUGGCCCAGUACCAGCAGAGCCAGCAUAACCUUAUGCACGUGCAGCCUCCGCCUCUAGAGCCACCUAGCGUGGACAUGAUGUGCAGGGCAGCCAAGGCCUUGUUGGCCAUGGCUCGGGUGGAGGAAAACCGCUCCGAAUUCCUUUUACAUGAGGGCCGCUUGCUGGAUAUCUCAAUAUCAGCUGUCCUGAACUCUAUGGUUGCAUCUGUCAUCUGUGAUGUACUCUUUCAGAUAGGGCAGUUAUGACACAAGUGAGAAACAAGCAUGUGUGAGUGGAGAUUAAAGGGUCAUAUAUAACUGGCUGGUUUCUGUACCUGUUUAUCCAGUGUAGGAAGAAUGGGAAAAAAAGAAGAAAAAGAAGAAGAAUCUUUGCUCCUCUGCCCCAUUCACUAUUUACCAAUUGGGAAUUUCAAAACAUUAAUUUGAACAGUUAUGGAUUUAAUAUUUGUUGUCUAUGUGUA